UUGGAGCAUCCGCUUGUUUCCCUUUUAAUGUUAUUUUCCUGCUAGCGGAGCACACCUGCCCCUUCUUUAACGACAUUCGCCUCGCUCGACGCCAGACUCUUACUCAACUCUCAAACGCUAACGCUUUAUUAUCAAGAGCCAGGUUCAAUCUGGGCUUACUUUAAAAAUACUCUUUUCUAGCAGAGGUCAAUGGUGAUACGGUGUAGUACAGUUUAUCCGUCCAACGUAGUGUAUGCGGUACCUCCAAGACUACAAACUGUAUUGGAUGAGGUGAUACAUCAGGGAUACGAAAUCGAUCACCAGUCUUUCAACUGCUAGCUCUUGUCGAGAUUUAAGCGAGGUUAUUCAAGAUGGCUUUCAUGGACAAUUUACCGUGUCAAGCUGGCUGGUUGCCUACGAAUCACAUUCUAUUCCAUUUUGCCAACGUCUGUUUGUUUCUUUCGUACGCUGUCCCCUCGGAUAUACAAGGCUUAUUGUACCUUCGUGUAGUUCUAUUUUUUGCCUCCUUGUUCUUUGCUCUAUGGGGCUGGCUUGUGUUAUGCGCCCUGGAUACGUUUAUGUGGAAUGCCAUCUUCACCGUCAUGAACGCGGUACAAAUAUACCUUGCGUACCAAAUGCUCCCGAGGAAAAUUCGCUUUAUACCAGUUAUCGAACGACUCCACGAGAAGCUGUUUGCCCCUCUGAAGGUUUCAAAAGAAGAAUUUAAGCCCGUGUACAAUGCCGCCACGGAGGUAAUCUAUUUUAACGAAGGGGAACUGUUCGAGCUGUCGUAUUUUGCCAAUGCAGUCUGCUUAGUGAUUCGCGGACAAAUCGCAAUGAUCAGCAACAAAAAACCGGUUAAAGAGUACUAUCAAUAUGAGUUUAUCAACCCUUCAUCGUACUUUGCUCCUGCACCUAUUAAAGAGUUAAGCCAAAGUCAAGAAGUCCAUUUGACCGCGGUAUGUACCAGCACGAUCAUACUAAUCUGGAGACGCGAAGAGCUACACGGUGUGCUAAGUCAAGAUCCGCACCUCCAGGUAGUGUUCGAUUGCCUUGUGUACCGUCAGAUGGCGCAGGAACGAACUAGCACCCCAGUGGGGACUGCGCCACCCCACCAGUCUCGUACCCAAUGAUUGAAACUGUUGACGACAACAUGUCUACAACAGGCAGCUUACAAUACGAUCGGCAGUUGGACAUCUAUUAGAACAUGGUACCGAAUUCGAAAUCAGCGCGCAAGCGGCGUCUUGGCAUACCUAUCUUCAAUGAAAAGGCUUACACGCAAUUAGAUACAGCUCGCCCAGGUUCACCAUUAACAUCGAACGAAACGUGUCUGCCAGUGACGUUUCUAGUUAGCGUAUAAUUUUUGAGUUGUCAUAAGUUUCGGGCAUGUUCGGAAUAUAGAACAAUACAAACAGUAGAUGAUUCACUGAAUGCGAGAGAUUUCAGUUAGUUAAGGAUAAGGAGGAACUGUGGAAGAUCGAAAACACGCUGCAAAUCGAAUAUCUCGCCAGUCGUUAACCGGACGGAUGCCUAAAACUGUAGACAACGCCUUGCGGGCAUAUGUGCAAUAGGCAUUCCCAAAUAGUCCUUUGAUUAGAAUGUUACUUUUUCACAAGGGCUUGAUGUGUAGAUCCCGUUUACGGUCAUUGGACCUCACUUCUAGAGGUGAUGGUAGCAUAGGGCUUUAAGCCACUCUUUUAAUUGAAUUACAAAACGUUACAUUUUAUGACGAAACCGAAAGAUUCGACUAUACCUAGAAAAUGCUGGUUCGUGACUGUGUAUAUGACUGCUUCUAUGGGAGAUUUUUAUAAAAACUCUAAAUGCUUCCAUAACUUGUUAAUUGAGUACAAUAUAUGCCAGGGGUUCUAGCAGCUCGAGAAAGGGUACCUUCACUGAAUCAUAUUUUCAUUCCGAUUAAUAUAAGUUGGAAGCCAUUGUAAAUUUUGUAUAAAUUUCUUUCCGUAGGGAAUAUUAAUAAAUUAAAAUUUCGA